CCAGGUUUGCUCAUAGAUUUAUUGAAUUUCGAGUCCCGCCUGCGGUUGCCUUGGCAGGGCCAGAGACCAAAUGAUUUCGCGGGCCGGACGUUCCCCAGCCCUGCUCUAGAGCCUCGACUCGCGAGUCGGGAGGCGACCGGAGCCGUGGAUGGCCAGAAGAAGAUGACCCGAACGUGCACAGACAGACACUCGGUGGCACAUUGGGGAUUGCAGGAGCAGCAGAAGAGGAGGAGCGACCUCUCCCUCCAUUUGAGUGGACAUUGAGGGUUUCAGCUGAAGACUGUCAUUGCUUUAGCAAGGAGGGAGUGUGAAGGGGGCGAUCGGGGUGGGAUGAGAUAGGAGACGGAGGUGGGAGUGGAUCCAUGAACGAUCUUGAAGAAGGCGAGGGGUUUUUUUUUGUAAUCGGUGAAGGACAGGAUUGGCAAGCCAAUCGAGGGAUUUGUAGAAUGGGCUCAGACGCCUGGCGGUGGCAUUGUGAGUCAUUCGAGGUUUAGCGGCGAGGGAUGGGGUGAGGGGCGAGGCGAGGGAACGUGGGGAGUUGAGGGAUGUUGGGGGCAUAGCGGAGAGAGCUGCGACGGUCGAGUCGGGAUAUGAUGAAGGCGUGGAUGGGGUCUUGGCGACAGCUGGGGUAGGCAAUAUCAGAUGUGGGAGAUGUUGUGCAGAUGGAGGGAUGUGGGCCUUGCAUAGCUGAGAUGUGGGAAGAGCCGAUCGCCUCCCGAUAGGCGAGUCCAGGCUCUCGACCCUGGCAGGGUGGCGCAGUAGUAACACCCGUGCCGUUAGGGGGGCCCUUCGGCAGAAAAACACUGCUCUUAAGAAAUGUCACAUGGGCACAAACUAAAUCCGAAUAACAUGAAUGGAGGGAUAACGUUUCAUACGAAUUAAGAGUAGAAAGGACCCUAGGGUGGAGAGAUCGUCCAUGAGAAUGACCACAACUCGCACGGAUACCAGAGUGGCCCUGCAAAUGCGCACAGCCCUGAAUGUAACCACAGAUAUGAUGAACAUAGCGGAGGCUGUGCGUUUGGAAACUUUCUGGUCUGACAAGUACAUCGUUCACAUACACGUACGGUGCAAUCAUUAUCUGGGACAGAGGGACGGUGUGGCGAGGCAGUCGUUCGCGCACUGCACUGUGAACACGGCGACCCGAGUUCGAUUCCCGACCAAGGCGUUUGGCCCCCCGACGGCUGCCCCGCGCGUUCCCGCGCUCCGCUCGUUAAAUGCUUGCACAAUGUGCGUGUGGGAUAGUGCGACAGCGCACGCACGUGGUUCUCCAGACCCGGCCCGUCGAUGCUGGUCCCGAAUCGUGCGGCUUUGAAGUUGGAGAAAACGGGAUCUAACGUGGCCACUGUUGCGUGGCAUCUCUGCGGGGCUGGCUGUUUUCUAUAACUUGCCUGUUGUUGUGGCCGUGUCCUAUGGAGACUGAGCCGUUCAACAAUGCUGUUUUUGUGUUGCUCAGGUUUUGUCAAAAUCAUGUCGACUUGGAUAGACGGGUGGGGGCCGGUGGUGAGCGCACGGUGCCGUGAACCGAGCGAUCAGAGUUCAAUUCCCGCUCACGGCAAACAUCAAUGGCAAAGUGAUAUCAGAACUGGUCCUGACCUCUCCCUUCCCCCCCCCACCGCCUAUACCAACCAGCAAGAACCAGCGCGGUGAGGAGCGCAGCGCCAAUGAUCCGGGGCCGCCAUGGAUCCCAGGAGUCAGCGAGGAGAGGCUUCGCCGCUGCUGGAUGGCACCACCACCGAUGGCGCCCCGGCCCCCGUGCUCUCCCUCGGCCAGAUUAGACCCGCGAAUGCGAGCAACGACUACACGGACGGGCCCCCGGGGACAACGGCGGGGCCCGGCGCGGGGCCCGGCGCGGGGCCUGCGGCGGCCAGGGCGGGCGCUCCACGGGGCCCGCUGCCCCUCCACCAGCAGCAGCAGCAGCAACACCAGCACCGCGCCGGCUCCCCGCCGCACAAACCGGUCGCGCCGGCGGGGCGCGUGGCACGGUCCACCAGCACCGGCAGCACGUGCUCCAAGAGCAGCAGCGCUCGCACGAGUACCGGCAGCACGUGCUCCGAGCAGCGCCUGCUGCCCCCUGCACCGCCAUCGCCUCCACACCUGGGCCCUGCGCCGUCCCCCACCGGCGCCCCGACGGGCCCCCCAGCUGCACCGGAUGCGGCGCCGGCGGCGCCCGUGGUGAAGCGGCAGCCACAGGGCGGCGAGGGGGGCGGCGGAGGCGGCGGAGGAGGCGCCGGCGGCGGCGACGACGACGACGGCGGCGGCGACGACGACGGCGCGGGAGAGAGCGGCGCGGCGCCGGCCGAGAAGCCGGGGUCUCCGACGAACGGCGAAGGCGGCGAGGGCGGCGCGCGGGGCCACGCGGCGUGCGAGCGGUGCGGGAAGUGCGCGUGCGGCGAGUGCGGCUCCACGAGGCGGGCGCUGCCCGCGUGCUGGCUGUGCGAGAAGCGCUGCCUGUGCUCGGCGGGCGCGCUGCUCGAGUCGUGCACGUGCCUGUGCUGCGUCAAGGCGCUCUUCUACCACUGCUCCCCGCAGACAGACGUGGGCGACUCGGGGGACUCGUGGGCCGACAACCCGUGCUCGUGCCGGCGCGCGGGUUGCGUGCCGCGCUGGGCCUGCCUGGGCGCCCUCUCGCUGGCGCUGCCCUGUCUGCUGUGCUACCCACCGGGCCGCGCCGCGCUCAAGCUGGCGCGCGCCGCGUACGACCGCCUGCAGAGGCCUGGCUGCCGAUGUCGGCGCCGGCGAAACGACGCCGAUUCCGAUCGGGCCGCGCCGGCGCAGUCUCCCGCCGCCGAGAAGCCCGCUUGAGCGACCGCCCCGGCCCCCGCCGGCCUACGGGGCCCGCCGAGAGACGCGGGGACCCCGAGGGAGGGGAGGGCGCGGCGACGAGCCGGGGAGCUCGACGGGCGGACGAGGAAUGGGUGCUCGCAAACUGUGACGAGAGGCGCCGCGCGGCGUGGGCGCUGGCGACGCCCGUGACCACGCGUUGUGCGCACGCACAACGCUGCAGUCGGUGCCAUAUACAGUCUAUAUUACAGUAUACACAGUAUAUAUUGGCGGCACAUGACUCGUGUCCCCUCCUUCACCCCCGCGACAGAGCUCACCCGACCACUGCAGGGGUCCUCCAGAGGGGGGACCCCUUACCUCUAGAGCCCCCACAUCCCCCCACACCUCGACGGGGAUCGACGAGCCCCGUAGCAACCCCCACCGCAGGGACCCCCACCGCCCCCGCCUCGACCACUACAGGGUGCCCCCCACACACACCUCCCUGUGUAGCCCCCCACACGGCUCCACUGGAUGCGGUGCGGCCCCCCCUACCACUAGAGGAGCCUCCGCCACCUUGGUGGGCCCCCACUAUUCAGGGUACAGGGCCCUCGGCCGCGCUAUCCAGGGUCUUGGGCCCCCCGGGUAGAGGCCCUGCCGUGGGUCCCGGGCGGGCCCCCCCUCUCGUCGUCGUUUUCCUGUGUAAAGAGAAAUAUUUAUUCCAAAGUUUUAUAAUAUUUAUUUUACAGAUGUAUGCGAGAGGCAGACCCCCCCCCCCCCUCCCUGGGGGCCCUGCGCUCUGUGCUUGAGGAGGGAGGGGCCCCGGGCGGGGGGUUGCUUCCUAUAGAAAUAAAUAAAUAAAUGAUUAUACCCGUGCAA